AUGGCAAAGACUUACGAGUUUUUUGAAAAAAAUGCAGGACCAUCAUGCAGCACGUGGCAACAGGCGGCAACCGGGUACCUGCCAUCAACGUCGUACACAGGUUGUUAUGGUGGAACCACAGCAGCAAAUGUAUCGUGGCAAGCUUCGUCGUUGCAGGCCAUCGCUAUUGCAGAUAGAGCACAACAAAUUGAAGUGACAGACCAGCUUCGGUUAGCACAUGCGGCACAACAAGGAGCUUCAACUACAAUCAACAGCGGCACGGGGACAUCUACUGCGGGAACCUCGGAGCACAUGGAAGGAGCUUUCCACAAGCAAGUCACCAAUGCUGCCACAAACAAUGCAGAAUCAGUGUCGGAACUGGCAAUCGUUGCAGCAAUGAUGACAAGCACGCCUGUGCACACCAGCACAAGCAACACUCAGGCAGAUGAAACAGCCGCCAAUACUGAAGUGAAUGAUGAAACUGAUGACGAAGCGCAAGGGGAAGAAGAAGAUGUGCAUUUGGUAAUCAUAGUACCUCAACCCCCAUAUGUUGGGAAGAGAUUUGGUUCUUUUGAAGAUGCCAAGGAAUUCUACCAGAGAUAUGCAAUGUUCCAUGGGUUUGCGGUGAACAUCGAAUACCAUAGGAAAAUAAAAAAAACUAACGAGUACAGCAGAGGUGAGAUAAGGUGCUACAAGGCACGAAGGAACAAGAAGGGUAAAUGUGUUGCGCCUGUCGUGCCGGAAGGAAAGAGAGGUAUCAUUGUCAAGACGGAAUGCCAUGUCCGGUGUAAGCUAAACGCAGAUGGAGCACGGUGGGUGGUCACCGAAUAUUUCGACGAACACAACCACGAACUCAUAAAGAAGUUUGACCUGGUAAAAUUUCUGAGCGCCCAUAGAGGAUUCAGCCCCCUCGAGAAGAAAUUCAUAAAGUUGCUACAUGAUUGUAACGUUGGUCCAUCAAGAAUGGUCCAAAUACUAUCCCUGAUCCACAGUGGAGAUGGUAGUCUGAGUAGCAUGCCCUACAUACCAGCAGACGUCACAAACCUAAAGGCAAAGUACCAUAGAGAGAGCAGGUUGGCUGACAUAGAAGACACGAUAGCCUACUUCGAAGAGAAAGCAAAAGCAGAUGCUGAUUUCUUCUACAGGAUAAGAUUGGACGAUGAGGACCGUGUCAGAAACAUGUAUUGGGUGGAUGGUGCUGCAAGAAGAGCCUACAAACAUUUUCGUGAUUGCAUUUCGUUCGACGUGACAUAUCUCAUGAAUAUGUACAAGAUGCCCUAUGCUCCAUUCAUAGGAAUAAAUAACCACAAUCAGUCAUUGCAGUUCGGUUGCGGACUCGUUCGGAACGAAGAUAUAGAUGGUUACACUUGGUUGUUCAAAACCUUCUUGGAGUGCAUGGGUGGACUUGCUCCGAUGAACAUAAUAACAGACCAGGAUUUUAGCAUGCGUGCAGGCAUAGAGGAGGUCUUUCCGUUGGCAGUGCACAGGCACUGCAGGUGGCAUAUUAUUAAGAAGGCUGAGGAGACGCUAGGACCAUUCUUUGCUGACCGUCCAGAGCUACACAAGGCAUUCGAGUUGUGCGUGGACCACAGCUUGACGGUGGAGGAGUUUGAACGGAGCUGGACGGCUAUGAUUGAAACAUACCAAGUCCAACACAACGAGACACUUACUAGCCUAUGGGAGAAGUGA